UAUCCUUUAUAAUGUAUCCUUUAUAUAUAAACAAAGUACUGUUAUGCAAUGUAAAAGGCAGCAUUGGUGUUCCUGCGUUCAGUCACAGAAUGGGUUGGGAAAUGAGGUGCAAUUGGGGUUUUCGAUUUUUUUUUAGUGAAAGAAUAAUAACUCAGUUCUGAUCUUCAGCUGAGUAAUGAUAGCUUUUUAAAAAUUAUUUUGCUGCUGUGCCUUGUAAGCAAUUCACCGCAUCAAGACAUCGCACAUGCACUAAAAAUACGUAGCCUCAAUUCUUCCUGCUUGGAGCAUGAUGUGCAACCUUUUGCAUCAGGAACCCGUGAAAGCUGCAAUGAUGCCAAAAAUCGUACAGAUCAAACAGCAAAUCGUUUCUCCCAGUGAUAAUUCAAGAAAAAAUAGGAAAUAAUUUUCAAAGAUAAUUAAAUUCCUUUUGGAUCAAAAACACAGUGGCAAGUCCAAUUGCCUUUGGAAUUUUCUUUUUACAAUUCAGAGGAACAUAAGUGUUGACUGGCGCAAUCAGAUCUUGCAGAAAUGUCAAUCAAGAAUUGACCCUGGUCGUCCAGUCCUAAUGUCCAAUGCCUCACAUUUCAGAUACUCCCCACCCACCAUAUCCUCUCCUGGGAGAGGUAGAAAACCAGGUUAAAUCCCAACUAAUCAUGCAGGGGUUGGCGGGGUGGGGUUUGGUUGGAGUUUCUCUCCAACCCCUUUGAACUAAUGAGACUACGCCAGGAGGCCGCACUGAGGGGACAAGAGACCAGCGAUCGUACCGUGACUAUCCUUCCUUUACUCUGUCCUACUUCCCCAGAAUUAAGGACAAACAUAACCAUGCGCCAGCCAAUCAGCUUGGGCUUGGAGAAUCCACCUGCCAGCAAAUAUCAGAAGUAUAAAUUAUGAGCUUCUGAGCUCAUCCAGCCAACUCUGCAAUGAAGAUGAAGGUUCUGGUUCUGCUGGCAUUUCUUGGAGGGUGUUUCGCACAGUACAACCCACACAUGGUGCCCGGCCGAACAUCCAUUGUCCAUUUAUUUGAGUGGCGCUGGACGGAUAUCGCAGAUGAGUGUGAGCGUUACUUGGCCCCCAGUGGAUUUGGGGGUGUUCAGAUCUCUCCACCCAAUGAACACAUUGUCCUCAAUGAUCCUUGGAGACCUUGGUGGGAGAGGUACCAGCCAAUCAGUUACAGGCUUUGUUCUAGAUCAGGCAACGAAGUGGAAUUCAGGGACAUGGUGACAAGAUGCAACAAUGUUGGUGUGCGUAUCUAUGCAGACGCUGUGAUUAAUCACAUGUGUGGAACAUCAGGUGGGUCUGGGAAUCAUUCAUCCUGUGGUUCGUACUUUGAUGCCAGAUCUGAAAGCUUUCCAGCUGUUCCGUACUCUUCCACGGAUUUUAACGAUGGCAAAUGCAGAACUCUGAGUGGCAACAUCGAAAAUUAUAAUGACAUCCACCAAGUCAGGGACUGCAGGCUUGUGAGCCUUCUGGACCUCGCAUUGCAGAUGAAUUAUGUGAGGGACAAGGUUGCGGAGUACCUGAACCAUCUUAUUGACCUGGGGGUGGCUGGCUUCCGAGUGGAUGCAUCCAAACACAUGUGGCCUGGCGACAUGGAAGCUAUCUUCAGCCAGUUAAACAACCUCAACACUCGCUGGUUCAGCAGUGGCUCCAAGCCUUUCAUCUAUCAAGAGGUGAUUGAUUUGGGAGGUGAGCCUGUCAAAUCCUCCCAGUAUUUUGGGCUGGGGCGAGUGACUGAAUUCAAGUACAGCGCCAAGCUAGGUACAGUGGUUCGCAGGUGGAAUGGUGAGAAGAUGGCUUAUUUAAGGAAUUGGGGAGAAGGAUGGGCCUUCAUGCCCACUGACCGGGCAUUGGUCUUUGUCGAUAACCAUGAUAACCAGCGAGGGCAUGGACCUGGUGGCGCUUCCAUUCUCACCUUCUGGGACCCCAGGCUCUACAAAGUGGCUGUCGCAUUCAUGCUUGCUCACCCUUAUGGCCAGACACGCGUGAUGUCUAGCUACCGCUGGGAUCGCUAUUUCGUUAAUGGAAAGGAUGUGAACGAUUGGAUGGGACCGCCGAGCAAUAGAAACGGAUCCACCAAGCAUGUGACCUUCAAUGCUGACACCACAUGUGGGAAUGGCUGGGUCUGUGAGCAUCGGUGGCGUCAGAUCAGGAACAUGGUCAUCUUUCGCAAUGUGGUGGAUGGGCAGCCUUUUGCAAAUUGGUGGGACAAUGGAAGCAAUCAGAUUGCAUUCGGACGUGGAAAUAGAGGCUUCAUUGCAAUCAACAAUGACAACUGGAAUAUGGGUGUUACUUUACAGACGGGUCUCCCUGCUGGGACAUACUGUGACGUGAUCUCAGGACAGAAGGAGGGUGAUCACUGCACGGGUUCGCAAGUCAAUGUUGGUCCAGACGGCAGAGUGUCGCUCCAGAUCAGUAAUACUGCUGAGGAUCCCAUGCUGGCUAUUCAUGUUGACGCUAAACUGUAAUUGCCAGCUCCGAUUAAAAGGACGGUGGUAGAAAA